CCUAACCCUCCAUCUACGGCCCAGACAUCCUUUCUCGAGAAGCCUCCGAAAGAUUGCAUCCUCCCCGCGUUGACUAUCGUCAACCCCUCCUUUUCUGUCCGGUCAGAACACUCUUGUCACCCACACUCUUGCUGGUGCGCCGCCAACCCUCUGCGGUUACAGCGACGCUCUGGUUCUGGGUUGAUAAGAGUUUCUGACACACUACAACUUUGAGCACAUGAGUAGCAAGCUCUGGGGUUUCUUCUUUUACGAUGACGUUGAGAGCUUUCGGCGGUUCCUGGCAACGGCCACCUAUACGAGUGGCAGCCAGCGGACGGGAACCGGAGGGGCUUCUCCCUUCAAGCCGGGAAGCCCCGGGUCCGUGAUAGCCUCUUCGCCAGGUACGUCGACGAAGAGCAGAAAAUUGACGGGGACCUCCCCAGGAACUCCCAUACCGGAUCGGGGUGGUAGCCUGCGCCCCGGCAAGACGUUGUCUCGGGAGGAAUUGAAUGCACGGGAUCAUCACGGUCGAACCCUGCUUCAUCAUGUGGCGUCCUCGUCAAAAGAUACUGCAAUCGAAUUUGCCAUAGCUCUGCUUGAGAUUCCCGCUCUUGAUAUCUAUGCGCAAGACUGGGAAAGUGGCUGGACGGCUUUACAUCGAGCUUUAUACGCAGGAAAUGCAACGAUCGCCCAGGCCUUGAUGGCUCGGGAUAUGCGCGAUGCUACAGAUUUCAGCAAAGCAAGCAAUCCCGGGCACCCAAGCGGAGGGUUGAUUAAGAUUAAGGACCGAGAAGGCUAUAGUCCAUUCGACGUGUAUGGUGCGACGAUUGCGACCCGCGAUAUCAAAAGUAUCAGCUCCCGGACGACAGCUCAAGACCGUCUUCUUACAGAUAUGGAUAACAGUGAUGCUGCUUCCGAUGUAUCGUCCCAUGGAGAAGGCUUAGAUGAAGACCCACGCAGUGCGAGGAGUAUUAUGAAGCCCAGGAUUAACCUGUCUGGUGACGAAGUCUUCACCUUUGGGAGCAACAAGAAUCUGAAUCUAGGAGUUGGAGAUCAAGAUGAUCGUCAAUACCCCGAAAGAGUCACUCUCAAACGACCCGAGCACCUCCUACAACGUUUUUACCGUGAAUUCCUGGAGCAACGGUCGGAUGAUGAUAGGGUUGACUCCGAUCAAGAAUCCGGACACCAAACGGACCUGCCAGCGUUGGUGAAGAAUAAGCCCAUAAAGAUCCAGAACAUAGUCAUGUCGAAGCUUCACACAGCUAUUCUCACUACUGACCCCGAGUCCAACCUCUUCCUCUGUGGGUUCGGGCCCGGCGGGCGCCUAGGUACGGGGGACGAGUCAACUCGAUUUAGUUUUGUCUGCAUAGAUAGUGGUGGGCUGGUAAAUAGAAGGGUGAUUUCUGUUGCCCUAGGCCAAGACCACACUCUUGCGAUCACUGACCGCGGCGAAAUUUUCAGCUGGGGCAGCAACAAAUAUGGCCAACUUGGCUACAGUCUCCCAAGGAGCAAUAAUCGGGACGACGUGCCAAUACAGAACUCGCCUCGACAGAUUUUCAAUCCCUUUAAGAAGGAGGCUAUUCUUGGGGCAGCAGCAUCGGCAAUUCAUUCGGUGGUCUUCAGUACCUCUGGUCUCUACACAUUUGGUAAAAACGAGGGGCAAUUGGGACUGGUGGACUCCGAUGCUCGUUCACUCGAAGUUCAAACGACGCCCCGGCGGGUAGGAGCAUCCCUUUUCAGCGCCCCGAUCCAAAGUGUGUCUGCUAUCGAUCAGGCGACAGCAGUUCUUCUCCAGAAUCAUGAAGUCUGGGUGUUCUCGCAAUACGGCUAUUCGAAGCUCUUGUUUCCUCUGGACGUCAGUUCGAGGUUCAUAAAGGACAGUUUCAUGGCUACACGAUAUGGUUCGUCUGUCAACGAGAUCGUUCAGGUCAAGUCUGGUGGAAAUACCAUCUGUGCGCUGUCCAGCUUUGGUGAAGUAUAUACAGUUCAGGUCAACAAGACAGAACAUCCGCCCAUAUCGACAUCCACGACCAACCCAUCUAAAACCCGCAAUUCCUUGUCCCAGCCGACUCGCGUUUGGUCCAUCAAGAAAGCCCAUAUGGCUGCUGCAGAUGUAGAUGUUGGGCAGGAUGGUUCGAUCGUCAUUUGUACCGUCUCCGGUUCAGCCUGGAGGAAGGAGAAGCGAGGAAAGACGAAGGAUGGUGCAUCGAAGGAUUACAAGUUUGCUCGCGUACCCGGCUUAUCUCGAGUCAUUGGCGUAUGCAGCAAUGCCUUUGGGGCAUAUGCAGCUGUGCAACGCGAUUCAGAGGUCACGAAAGAGCAAAUCAACGUCGACAAGUCUACCUUAUGGAAGGACCUCCUUCCCCUGUCUCCAUUCAAAUCGCUACAGGAAACCAUAGUCCCGGGAAGUCAUAAUGAUGAGAAGGACGCUCAUGCGGACAUGGAGCCUGCCAUAGCUAUCAGGAGAGCCGUCAUGUCGUCUUCAGAGAUCGAACCAUUAUUCCAAACAUCACAGUCCAGAGCACCAACUGGGACAGUGUGGCUCGGCACGAGCCAAUCUGACAUACAUAUACCGGUGCACGAAUUCAUUUUAACAGGACGCAGCAUGGUGCUGCGGAAAGCAUUCCAGGACUUCCACAGUACUGACCACGCCUCUGUUCCUGACAUUCUGACUAUCCAGCGUGACGGUCGGGGCCAGACGCACGUUAUCAUCCAUGCCGUUGAUGUACUCACUGUCCUGAAUAUUGCUUUCUUUGUAUACACGGACAGCAUCUUGGACGUCUGGCAGCAGGUGCGGUACUCGCCGGAGAGUGCCUCUAGAUAUCGCCAAGUUCGGAGCGAGGUGAUGCGUAUUGCUAGCCAUUUGGGGUUCUCGACUUUGGAAAGGGCUGCUAGGCUUAUGAUUGAACCGACCAAAUCUCUCAAAGCUGAUAUGGAGCGAGCUAUCAGGGACCCAGCCUUCUUUGACAGUGCUGAUGUGGUCAUCGAGCUGAAUGGGAGUGAGGUGAAGGCACACAGCCAAGUCAUUUGCCAGAGAUGUCCCUUCUUCAAUGCCCUCUUCUUUGGCCGCUCAGAAGGCAUGUGGCUAUUGGCACGUCGGGCAGAUUCGGAACACAUGGUUCGCAUUGAUCUCAGGCAUUUCGAGCCGCAUGUUUUCAAGUUUGUCCUUCGCUACAUGUAUGCGGACACGGAAGCUGAGCUCUUUGAUGAUGUCCGAUCGAGGGAUCUGGAAGACUUUAUAGAUUUGGUCCUCGAUGUUGCAUUCGUGGCCAAUGAAUUGAUGAUUGACAGAUUGGCUCAGAUUUGCCAGAAGAUGCUUGGAAUGUUUGUGAACACACGCAGUGUAUGCCAUCUACUCAAUGCCAUUGCUCCGUGCUUUGUGACGGAAUUCAAGGAUGCUGCUCUGGAGUACAUAUGCUUGAAUUUGGAGGACUUGCUGGCGAACAGGCUAUUGGAGGACCUUGAUGACGUCUUGCUCGGUGCGCUUGACGCUGUCUGCCGCGACAACCAGAUGACUAGCUUCCCUGUUUCGCGGGGUCGAAACACGGAAGAAUAUGUCUUCGAAAAGUACCCCGAAGUAGUAUCCUUAAUAGAGGAAGACAGAAAGCGGAGGAUUGACUCCAUGAGGAUCAGGUCCCGUCUCAAUCGCAUUGACGCCUCCGAGGGCAAGCCACGUAUGAUGAAUAGUGACAAGGCAGCUGUCUCGCCAUUAGCGCAGAGAGUGAAAGCUACUCCAACAAAGGAUAGCUCGACUCCAGCUAGUAGCAGCCCCUUGCUCAAAUCGAGGCAGUCUGUGGGUGACCUGAUGUUCCAGAUGGAUGAUGAAUAUCUUCUGUCUCCUGGGGAAUCCGGAAAAGGGAAGGGCAUCGUGCGAGAGGAUAAAUCACCCGCUGCAAACAAGCACAAGCCGUCUCUCGAUUCGCCCGCUCUUGGGUUUAGCUUAGUCGACGGUGAUUCGUUCGGGGGUCGAAGUUACCUGGAUGACCAGAUGGCUUCCUCGCGAGAUCUUGCAGUUCCAGAGUCGCCAAGCGAAUCUCGCGCUGCCUCGCUUUACAAGAAGCGGAACGGAUCCCUGACCCCGCCAGAUGCUCAACCCCCCUGGAGCUCCUCAGCAUUAUCGUCGUCCAAGAAGAGCCUUAAAGACAUCAUGAGUGAGGCUUCGGAAAACCGGGUAUCGAACCUUAGCUUGGGAAUGGGGGCUCGUCGUGAGAAUAACAAUGCUACUUCCAAGCUAUCCCAAAAGGAACGGAAGAAGAUCCAGCAGCAGCAGAUGCAAGAUAUGCUUGCUGCUCAACAAAAAGCGAAGGAAGGGCCCCAGAACCCCUGGAAACUGCCGAGCACGAGCAGUCCCGCUCCCGUCAAUGAGCAAGCGAGUCCAUCCGAAGAAUCCGCCAGGUCUACUCCAAAGCCCUCGAUGACUCUUCGUCAGACAGUUGCUGGCACCCCGCCGCCUAUCACAAAGUCAAAAACCACUCCCGUCCAAGGUCAGGGUCGCAGUACCCCCAGCAAGGUCCAAACGCCAUCUAAGCCCUCACUUCCAGGGCCAUCAGCCGCUGUACCAUCUCCUUCUAACCACCCACCCAAUCCUCAACCUUCCAUCCAAUCCAUCCGUCACAUACCACGACCUGAACCCUACCAAACUAGCUUCCAUACCCCAUCAUCAAAUUCACUUUCAUUAGCCACCAUCCUCAUGCAACAGCAAACCGAGAAAGAAGAACUGCACGAAGCUGCUACAGCGAAGCACAAUCUUGAAGACAUUCAACUGGAGCAGCAAUUCCAAGAAUGGUGGGACAAAGAAAGCAGACGUGUCCAAGGACUCCCGGAGCCCGGCUCUGCCCCAGACACUAAUACCCAAGAAGCCAGAGACGCUCGAGGUAACCGCGGCCGUGGCAAAGGUCAGGGACACCAGCAGCGUAAGAGGCGCGGAAAAGGCGGUCCCAAUGGCACCACUGACAAUCCUACCUCACAAUCAUCACAACCACCACAACCACCAUCACAACCUCCACGGAAGGACCAGCAGCCAAAGAAGACACAUUCCGCUCCUCGGCAUGAGCAACAACCACAGCGACCACAAGCGAAUGGCAACCACCCAGACCCAGCUAGUGGCAGCUCCCGUCGCGGUGGUAGAGGUGCUGCUCGCGGUAGAGGCAACCGAGAACGCGGGAAAGUUGCUUGAACACUUCAAUAUCACCUGCAUGAAUCUUCUACGACCUCCAUGCCAUUUGAAGUGGGGAUGUGUGCAUACCCUGCUACAUUUACCCUUACGUUAUGUGGACCAAUGAUAUAUUAGUUAUGCUUAUAGACGGGAAGAGCGAUGGAAAGAAAGAAAGAAAGAAAGAAAGAGGUUUCUAGCAGGAUAGACUUGGGGUUUUUCUAUUCAAAUCAUCUAAGCCUUUGGGUAACUCUGUAUGUUUGUAUUGUAUGGUUUAUCUGAGAGACGAAUAAUAAUACUCUACCUUUCUCUUCUAUACUUGAAUUCAAUUAGUUAUCCUUCAUUGUAGGCAAGUCAUGCUCAGUAUAUAUCACACUAUAUGUAUGAUAAAAUAACAUCAU